CCAUAGCCCAAGUCCAUCACUUCCCGACCUUCUUCAAGAUCAACCGGACAUCGUUGGUGGCGAAUCCUCCACCACCCAUCACAUUCGUCUCCGCCCACGAUAAGGAUCCCAUCAUGGGAUGACGAAGACAAGACCAGAUCAAAGCACUGAUCCCAGCAAAUGAGGAAUGGCGAUUCGCUGCUCCUCGCGAGGGUAGCGAUCGGACUCACUUGGGCGGCGGCGAUGCUGUGCGCGUGCCACUCGAGGGCCGACCUCCACCCCCUGAUUAUCGUCCCGGGGAGCGGCGGCAACCAGCUGGAGGCCCGGCUGACCGGGGAGUACAAGGCCUCAAGCUUGCUCUGCAGUCGGCUGUUCCCGCCGGUCAAGGACCGGGAUGGGUGGUUCCGGCUGUGGUUCGAACCGAGCGUGCUCCUUGCCCCGUUCACCAAGUGCUUCGCGGACCGGAUGACGCUGUACUACGACUGGACGUCGGACGACUACUACAACGCCCCGGGGGUCGAGACCCGGGUGUGCCAGUUCGGCUCCACGGAGUCGCUCCGGCACCUCGACCCCCAUCUCAAGCAAGCCACAUCAUACAUGGCAACUCUAGUUGAAUCCCUCCAGAAAGUUGGGUAUGUUGACGGCGAAACCCUAUUCGGAGCUCCUUACGACUUCCGGUACGGCUUAGCUGCCGAUGGCCACCCGUCUCGCGUCGGAUCCAAGUUCUUACAAGACCUCAAGGACCUAAUCGAGAAGGCUGCCGCAUCCAACAAAGGCAAACCGGUGAUCCUCCUCUCUCACAGCCUCGGAGGCCUCUUUACCCUCCAACUUCUCAACCGGAAUCCUAGCUCGUGGCUUCGAAGGCACGUCAAGCACUUCAUUGCCCUAUCCGCCCCUUGGGGCGGCGCGGUCGAUGAACUGCUCACCUUCGCCUCUGGCAACGCCCUCAAAGUUCCGUUGGUCGAUCCGUUGAUAGUGCGCGGAGAACAAAGGAGCUCCGAGAGCAAUCUAUGGCUCCUUCCAUCCCCGAAAGUUUUCGACAGCGAAGAGCUGCUCGUGAUCUCUCCAUUCGCAAACUACACAGCUCGCGACAUCGUGCAAUUUCUAGACGACAUCGGGUUUCCAGAGGGAAUCCGACCGUAUGAGUCGAGGAUCUUGCCGCUUGUAGAGAGAUUGUCCGUCCCAGACGUGCCGGUGACGUGCAUGUUUGGCUCAAGCGUGAAGACGCCGGAGAAGCUGACUUACAGGAGCAAGGCCAAGGGCUUCGACGAGCCACCGGAGGUGGCACAUGGCGACGGGGAUGGCACAGUGAACAUGGCCAGCUUGUUAGGGCUCGAGUCUUUGUGGGAGGAGAAUCCGAAGCAACCGUUCAAGGUGGUUACGAUUCCCGGAGUUUCGCACAUGUCGAUAUUGAAAGAAGAAAUCGCGCUUCGGGAAAUCGUUCAAGAGAUUGUGAACAUACAUGCGAAUCGCGUCGGAAGCUCAUAUGUGCGGAGAUGAUAGGAAAAAUGUAGCUGUGAAAUCAAAAGGGUGCAAAAAUUUCUUAAGUACCCUUUGUUGGUGCAUGGCUUCAUAUGACUGUUUGCAUA